AUGGCGUUCCACGAGGCUGAGCACAACGUGCGGGGCUUGGCUGCGGAUAACGACGAGAAUAGUCCCAUGUUAUUUGAGGCUCCGCUCUUCGUCAGUGGUGAUGAUGACGAUACAUUUCAUGUCAAGAACCAGUCCCUGACAGAAUGGCAGCGGCGCAUUGUCAUGGAGCGCCUCACAAAGGCCUGUACGAUUCAAUGCUUCCUCAUCAGUGUUCUCCACGGGAAACUGAACAAGACUCCCGAAUCGCCGUCGGCUACCCUGAUGGUGUUCAAGUUCCGCCUGGAUCCUAUCAAGCACGGCCGACGGCUUAUCCGCGCUCGUAUAGAUAUCGAGUUCUUUGCCGAGGAUCGCGAGGAUGCUGUCCCUACAGUCUUGGCUGUUGGGUUAGACGACCGCUGGACCAUUGGGCCUACCGCAGACCACGAGGAUGUUGUAAAGGGAGGAAAUGUCAACUUCGGCGUCGCGGGAAUCCCCUUUGUGAGCAUCGGGGUAGAGGCAUCACUCAGCAAAACUGGCGGCCGUGAUAUUCACGAUGCCACCACCAUCACUGGAGGGACGCAUUUUGGCGAGGGCAUCGACGCUGGCGUCCCUUAUUCAUUCACCGUGCCCGUUCUCCUUGAACGGCACCACGACAAAAAGUUCAAGGCGUGUGUGCAUUUGGCGGCCAAGGGUAACACGCGAACGACUAUCGAGUGGAUGUUCAACAAGAUCCCUGUGGAUGAUCCGGUGCUCUUCAACCCUACUGUCGAUAGACGAGGGAACAUGACAGAAGCGAAAUAUACAAAGGAUGAGCUUGGGAAAUGGGAGCACAAAAUGGAACAACUCACCCAUGUCAUCUGCCGCACGGUUUAUCGGGGCGCCGAGAGGGAGAUCUAA